UCAGUGUGCUUAAAAUGAAGUCUACAGCCCGGUGUCUAAGGAACGGACAGGAUUGUAGAGCUGGCAUCUACUUUCUGUUCUGUAAGACUGUUAGAACAUAUUAUAGGCCUUUAGAACAGGAGAAACGAUGUUAAAACAGUCGAACCCGCCGCUUCUACAGAUCUCAUCUUAUAUUUAUAGAUUCUGAAGCAGGAAUUCAGAUCAUAUAAGUUUAGUCCUAGAUAGAUAGCAGUAUCCAGUGUUUUAUACGUGUGUUUCGUGCUCCGUUUUUUUAAUAAUCGUUUUGAGAACGAUUGCUUAAGUGCGAUCUGCAAGAGAAGUGAGACAAUGUACAACACAGUCUGGACGUCGGAUAAAGAGGACGAUGAUUGGAGGGAUGUUAUGAUGCCAUAUUCCACAGAGUUAAUAUUUUACAUAGAAAUGGACCAACCGCCAGCUCUUCCUCCUAAGCCAGUGAGCAGCAGUGUGAUGAAGGAGGGGUCUGUGGGCUCGCUACAGGAGGCCGAGUGGUACUGGGGAGACAUAUCCAGGGAGGAGGUCAAUGACAAGCUGAGGGACAUGCCUGAUGGGACCUUCCUGGUCCGGGAUGCCUCCACCAAGAUGCAGGGAGACUACACCCUAACCCUGAGGAAAGGGGGAAACAACAAGCUGAUCAAGAUCUACCACCGGGACGGCAAGUACGGCUUCUCAGACCCUCUGACGUUCGGCUCUGUGGUGGAGCUCAUCAGCCACUACCGCCACGAGUCCCUGGCCCAGUACAACACCAAGCUGGACGUCAAGCUCAUGUAUCCCAUCUCCCGCUACCAGCAGGAUCAGCUGGUGAAGGAGGACAACAUCGACGCUGUGGGGAAGAAGCUACAGGAAUAUCACAAUCAAUAUCAGGAGAAGAGCAAAGAGUACGACCGGCUGUAUGAGGAGUACACCAAGACCUCGCAGGAGAUCCAGAUGAAGAGGACAGCCAUCGAGGCGUUCAACGAGACCAUCAAGAUCUUCGAGGAGCAGUGUCACACACAGGAACGCUACAGCAAGGAGUACAUCGAGCGCUUCCGCCGAGAGGGCAACGACAAGGAGAUCGAGAGGAUCAUGAUGAACUACGAGAAGCUCAAGUCUCGCCUUGGGGAAAUCCACGACAGCAAGAUCAGUCUGGAGCAGGACCUGAAGACCCAGGCGCUGGACAACCGGGAAACGGACAAGAAGAUGAACAGCCUUAAACCCGACCUGAUCCAGCUGCGCAAGAUCCGGGACCAGUACCUUGUCUGGCUGAACCACAAAGGGGUGCGUCAGAAACGAAUUAACGACUGGCUGGGGAUCAAAAGCGACAACACCGACGAAGGGUACUUUGUGAAUGAGGAGGACGAGGUCCUGCCCCACUACGAUGAGAAGAGCUGGUUCGUGGGAGACCUGAACCGGACGCAGUCAGAGGACCUGCUGCUGGGGAAGCCAGACGGGGCCUUCCUCAUCAGGGAGAGCAGUAAGAAGGGCUGCUACGCCUGCUCUGUGGUCGUGGAGAGCGAGGUGAAACACUGCGUGAUCUACAGCACGGUGCGCGGCUACGGCUUCGCCGAGCCCUACAACCUGUACAGCAGCCUGAAGGAGCUGGUCCUUCACUACCACCAAACCUCCCUGGUCCAGCACAACGACUCCCUCAACGUGCGCCUGGCAUACCCCGUCUACGCACAGAUGCCCUCUGGACGCAGAUGAGCCCUGCUACACACACACACACACACACAGAGACAACAGGCCCCUGUGCCACAGAGACCCAGAGGGGGGCAGGGGGUCUGAAGACGCGAUCGGAUCCCCUCACCACCAACCACCCCCUCCAACACCAGAAAGAAAUAAACAAACAAGAAAAGAAAAAAACACUCGCUGCAACACUUCAGCCACCUUGAAGUUAUAUAUAUUUUUACUAGAACAAUUCGGAGGGCAUUCUUACCUAAAGACUGCUUGAUUUGCACAAGGACGAUUUAAUGUUUGUGAAUGUGAAAAAAACGGAAGGCAACUGAAGAGACGAGUUUCAGGGGACCCGCUGCUACGCUUCAGCCGGGACAACUUUCAGAGAAAAAAAUUAUACAUUUAAGCUUUUGUUUUUGUUUGUUUCCCCUCAUUUUUGUUCUUUUGAAAUUUUGACUCGUUCUUUGUUUGUCCCUGCUUGUUUCACGGAAUGCAAGAGAUGAUGAUGAAGAUGUGUAUGACCUCUGUCCCUAUCCGUACGAAAAGCAAAAACAAUGUAGCAUACCAGACGAUGGCCAGAGCUUUCCUCCAUGUAGACUGCUGCUGAAAGGGUUGGGGGAGGGAUGGGAGGGAGGGAGGGGGCUCGGAGAGGAGAGAGAGUUAAUGGGGCAAGAGAAAAAGGAGUUGUAGUCUUAAGAGUGAAGAAAAAGCCUGCUUCUUUAAUACUGACCGGAGAGGAGACGGUCGUUUUCUUUUUUUGGGUGGUUCAUGUUAUGUUUUCUUUUGUUCUGUGUGUGUGUCAUCAGUCAUGGACACCAAAGUUUGCAUGGGGGGGAAAGUUUUUUAAAUCUUUAUUAGUAUUAUAGUUUUUUGGGGGGGGGAUGGAGGUGGCAAAUAAGCGAGUGAUUUUGUUUGAUGUCACACACACGACAGAGUUUGGGCCCAGUGCUUAUGCACUAUAAGUUGCAGAGGUUUGGUAACCAAAUGGUACGCACAAAAAUGGUUGAGUUAGAAGCACUUAUCGUUCAGGAUAAGUCCACCCUACACACACACACACACACAACAGACCGUCAAACCUAAAACACGUUUUAUGUGUGGUUUCAGAUAAUAACUAAACGUGUAUAUGCUAAUGUUUGUCAUUGAGAGAGAAAGACCGAACGAGAGAGAGAGAGUAAUCCUCAGACUGUUGUAUUUGUUACAGACUUUUUGGAAAUAAGCUUUGAACUGCAGUGUACCCCCACACAGAUUACCCAGCUGAUGACACAGGCUUUAGAUGGCGAAAACUUGAAAGACCGUGCAAUCCAACAUCGUAUUAUGAGUAUGAGGCUGUCGUUGCAGCAGCGUAGAGAAGAGAGAGAGCAGGGUAGGCCCAGCUUUGGGAGGGAAUCAAGAUAAACAGUAACGGUUUCUGAAGAGAUUCUUUUGUGUUUGUGUUUUACUCAUCAAGAAGCUUCUAAAACCGGUGCUUGACUUUAUAACCAGUGGAAGCCGUUUCUGUUUAAAGAAAAAAGACACCAUCGCAUAAUAAAAAAAGUUUUCCCAAAACUGCAAACCCGA